AUGUUUGUCAAUGUCACCAAAGACGACUCUUGGUCUGUCUGCUCAGGGGUGAUCGAUCAGGUCGUGGGCCGUGAGCAAGUUUCUUGCCUUAGCCUGGAGAAGAUCAUGCAGCACGAGUUCGUGGGCGACACCAAAGACGGCGGACUUGCACUCUGUUUAGCUGAUCUCCAUGACCACUCGGUCCCUCUCUUCAUACAGGCGUCUUGCGGAGCGUCCACUGAAAACGCCAUCAAUUUUCGUCGAGAAUUAUUCGAGCGGUCGGGUGCUCUGGGCGCAUCGGCCACAGAGCAAAGAGGCGAGCUUGAUGCAAGCUGCCACUGCGGAGGGGUGGCCUUCCGAAUUACUCCCCCCAAUGCUGCAUCAGAGGCAUGUUCCUCAAACUAUCCUGACCUACUUGUCCCAUAUCAUUCGUCAAGCUCGGAAAACCCAACAGAUGCAAAGUGGUGGCUUCGGGCGGACAACUCGAAAUAUCUCGCCGGCACUUGUGCAUGCAGGUCUUGCAGACUUGGAUCUGGAUUCCCAAUUCAGACCUGGGCUUUCAUCCCCAGGGCCAAUAUUCUGCAGGCUGAUGGCAAACAACUAGAUUACGAGAUGGGAUCGCUGAAGGAAAUAGAGAGUUCUAAGAACUGCUUCCGCAGCUUCUGCGGCACGUGCGGUGCUACAGUCUUCUGGCACUGCCGGACGCGACCCGGGCUGGUGGAUGUGAGUGUGGGCUUGUUGCGUGCGGAAGAGGGUUCGAGGGCAGAAAGAUGGCUCCAAUGGUGGACCGAAAGGGUCAGCUUCAUGGAGGACGCGCUAGACCAAGCACUGGUUGGUGAUCUACAAAGAGGGCUAAGUAGGAUCAGGAUGGAAGGCUGA